GCUGUCUGCUGUCUGCUAGUGUAAGGCAAGAGUUUGUAUGUAAUUUGAUUAAUGCGUCGGUCCAUACGACGGGGAUGACGGAGCAUAAACAAAAACAAAGUGUUUUUCAUCUUUAAAUCAAUCUAUGUUUAUAACUGUGUAAUUAGUCUGAACAUUUGUUAACAGUUAUGGCGGAUUUACGCAAAAGGAAAGUGGACACUGAAGAAGAAAAGUUAUUAGAAAAGCAAACUGCCUCAGGAACAGAAAGUGACCAUAAGGACGAUGUUGAUUCUGAGGAUGACAAAGUGUCUCAGGACUUGUCCAAGACAGUUCCUCAAGGAACGGACAAGGUACCGGACGUCCUGGACUCAGCUUUGAAAGGACUUUCUACCAAAUGGCGGAACUGGGUGAUCCGAGGGAUCUUCACAUUUCUCAUGAUUGGAGCUUUCUGUCUCAUCAUCUAUGGCGGACCUCUGGCUCUCAUGGUUACGACGCUGAUCGUCCAGGUGAAGUGUUUUGAGGAGAUCAUCAACAUCGGCUACACAGUUUAUCGUAUCCACGGUCUUCCUUGGUUCCGAUCUCUCUCCUGGUAUUUCCUCAUCGCCUCCAACUACUUCUUCUACGGAGAAAGUUUGGUCGACUACUUUGGUGUUGUCAUCAACCAGACGGACUACCUGAGGGUUCUGGUCACCUAUCAUCGGUUCAUCUCGUUCUGUCUGUACGUGGUCGGGUUCGUGUGGUUCGUUCUCUCUCUAGUCAACAAGUACUACAUGAAGCAGUUCUCCCUGUUUGCCUGGACACACGUCGCUCUGCUCAUCGUCGUCACUCAGAGUUAUCUCAUCAUUCAGAACAUCUUUGAAGGGCUUAUCUGGUUCAUUGUACCAGUGUCGAUGGUUGUCUGUAACGAUGUUUGGGCGUACUUGUUUGGAUUCUUUUUCGGCAGAACUCCUCUGAUCAAACUGUCACCGAAGAAGACUUGGGAAGGAUUCAUUGGAGGAGGUUUUGCUACCGUCAUUUUCGGACUUGUGGUAUCCUACUUCAUGUGCCAGUACAAGUACUUUGUGUGCCCCAUUGAAUUCAGCGAGAAGCUCGGCCGCAUGACCAUGGAGUGUGAGCCGUCCCCGUUGUUUCGUCUGCAAGAACUCAGACUGCCAGAGACUUUCCAUAACAUCUUGGCGUUUUUUGGCUACGAAGGUGCAAUAAGGAUCUAUCCCUACAUGUACCACUCUUUAUCCUUGUCAAUCUUCAGUUCAGUCAUUGGACCAUUCGGAGGAUUUUUCGCCAGUGGAUUCAAGAGAGCUUUCAAGAUAAAGGACUUUGGAGACGUCAUCCCCGGCCAUGGUGGCAUCAUGGAUAGGUUUGACUGUCAAUAUCUGAUGGCGACUUUUGUCAACGUUUACAUUUCAUCUUUCAUCAGAACUUCCUCACCUCAGAAGCUGCUUCAGCAGGUAAGCUACGAUGUAUUCAGCCUGAAACCUGAACAGCAGUUGCAACUGUUCUACACCCUAAAGACGGCGCUGGAAGACAGAGGUAUUCUGACGACACCAUAGACAUCUGCGUCGUUCUGGCCAGACACGUCGUCGGCCCAACCACUCAUCUUUUGAUCUUUCCCUCUUGAUCUCAUUGGGUAUUGCUAAAGAGGUGAUUGUGUGUUGAAAAUCACACAAGGUUAACAUUCUAAACUUAGGUGACUUUUAUGUUCUUCCAUGACAACCCUGUGGAAUAUUAGUGCAAAAUGUUAUCUUUAGUAAACAUUUUUUCACCAUUUGAUGAUUAAAAUCAAAAUGUUUGCUUUGAAAACUAAAAUAUUUUAAGUGUAAAAGUUUUCCAGUUUUUUAACAUCGAAUGUAUGGAUAAGGUAACGUUUAAUAAACAAUGUUUCUGUUAAGGUUAUUUAUUUUGUUGGUGUUCUAAGUUAACUUAUUUAACCUCGGGUGAUUGGAAGUGGUUGGGCGUUUCUCUCAGUAUUUAACUCUGUGUUGUUUCUCGUCAAUCGUUGUGUGUCCAAAGAACAAUCUAUUUCCGUGUUAGUCAGCUGUUCACGGACGUAUCGUGUCGAUGUAUAUAUUAGUGAAUAUUUUGUUUAGAGACUAACAUUCCAGGUUUGUUGGUUUCCAAAAGAGCUUUUGUAUAUUUUUUAGUUUAAGUUUCACUCAGGUUACCGUUACCGUACAUUUGUUGAUUAUCAAAUGUUUUCAAUCACUAUUUUACUUUUGCCUAUCUAAGAAGUUUAUUUGUAUCAAUGUUAUUUUAUUUUGGUAAUUUUUUUAAACACCGUUUGCCUGGUGGGGUUUACACUCAUUCUAGUUUUUGUGGUUAUGUACCAUAGAAUAUGUAUGGUUUCAAUACAAGUUAUGGCUAAAUAAGCCUUUAAUUUGAAAACAUUAUGUUUCUGAGAUACUUUUUAAUUUAAUAAACUUGACUUGUAUAAAUAAAUUUGAUAAUUCCUUUUCAAAUUUAAAUAAUUUAAAAUUAAUUUUUAAAAAGUAUUUAGAUAAAAUCAACAUCUACUGUUGGCAUUCUUAAACAAGGUUAAUGUAGAUUGGCGAAUUUUAAAACCACAAUAUAUUGAAGUGUUUCCAUUAAAAAUAAUAUUCCAAUGGUGGUUGGAAAAUCAUAAAAGCAUUUGAAAAAUGUUAUAUAGUUCUUGGUUUAGCAUUAACGCUCAGGUCGUUUUCGAAGCGGCUGAACUAUAGCAAAGUGUUUUCCAUUUUAUUUUUAGACAUCUUGCCUCUUGUUCUUGUUUUGUCCUAAAAUAGUUUUGUGUUUGUCACUAACAGAAAUAUAUAUGUUUAUUUUUUAUAUUUUUAUUGGUGCAAUAUCGGACUAUUUUUUACUUUGUUUUAUAAGAUUUUUCACUGAGGAGAAAAACUGUUGUGUGUGAUUUUUUCUGACUUUUCAAGUGCAUUAGAAACUAUUUCAUCGAUUUAAUUGCAUCCCUUCCCUAAUUUUAGCCAAUUGUUGCAGAUUUGAAGUAUUGGAUUUACAAAUAUUUAAUAAAAUAAAAGAUAUUUAUAUUUGUUAAUUUAAAACUGUUAAUUGACCAGUGCCUAGUUAUUAACAUUACAUAUUUUGCAUUUAAUUUAGUAUCCAAAUUCCUAAGUAAAGCUAAUCUCUUAAAUAAAAUCAAAUAAUUUUUUUCAAGAAAUAAUGUUUAAUUAAUUUUAAAAACUGUAUAAAAGUCUGCAAAACUGAUUACUUAAGUAUGUCAAUGAUGAUUUAAACUUGAAGUAUCUUAUAAACCAAUAAUUGAGUUAUAAAUAAAACUUUGGUUAAUUGUUUGUGAAAUAAAUCAGCAAUAGCGUUUUCAAUCACUGUUAUAUUUAUUUAGCACGUAUAACAACCUGGAUUCUGAAAGAAAAGGUGGUGCAUGUGGUAGGCUCUCUGUUAGUGUUAUUUUAUGGAUCAGCUGGAAAAUGUCCAUGUAGCUGUUGAUCGGCUAGCAAGUUUCUAUAUAGCCGGAGUAGUUGAACAGCUAGCAAGUUUCCAUACAGCCGGUGCUGUUGAUCAGCUGGAAAGUUCCCAUGCAGCCGAUGCUGUUAGUAUUUAUCUCACCAUAACCAAAUGCAAUUCUAUAUUCCUGUUGUAUGUAGAUAUAUUGUAUUGUUACAAUGUUUAGUUACUUUUGUUGUUAAUAGUUACCACAGAAAUGAUGUAUAUGUGAGAAAAUAAAUAGAUGUUUUUUGAAAAUCA